AUGGAUUGGCUAUCUGCCAAUCACAUUCUCAUUGACUGCAACGAGAGAAAGGUGUUGUUUCUUAGCUUGGAAGAUGAAGACCUGUUGAUGUUCUCACAACAGGUGGAGAAGGCAAUGAAGGAAGGAUCUCAAUGCUUCUUGAUUCUGACUCAAUUGUCCGUUGAGACUGAAAGCGGACCCUUGGAGACACCUGUGGUAGGGGAUUUCUCAUAUGUGUUUCUCGAGGACGUCCCUAGCUUACCCCCUACUAGGGAGAUUGAGUUCUCGAUUGAUCUGGUGUCGGGAGAAGGACCAGUGUCUAUAGCACCUUACAGAAUGGCUCCUGCUGAGCUAGUGGAGUUGAAGAAACAAAUUGAAGAGCAACUGAAUAAGUUAACCAUCAAGAACAAGUACCCUCUGCCCAGAAUUGACGACUUGAUGGAUCAGUUGCACAGUGCUGCAAUGUUCUCCAAGACUGAUUUGAGAUCAGGAUACCAUCAUAUUUUAGUCAAGUCUGAUGAUGUGCAAAAGACCGCUUUCAGUCCAGGUGCGGGCACUAUGAGUAUGUAG